CUUUAAUCAAAGCAUUGAAGUCCACGGACCCACACACCAAUCCUUGGAAAAAACAAUCAUCCAAUCCAAUAAAACCACUCCAUCAAACAAACGGUCUUUUCUCCUCUUCCUCCGUCACCGGAGAAUAUUCCUCCGCCGUACAUCAAUGGUCGAUCACGAUCUUACCAUAUCAGAUCUCCCAGACGCCUGUUUAGCGCGUGUCUUUCACUUCCUCGCACCUCUUGAUCGUAAACAAUGUUCCCUCGUGUGCCGGUGGUGGCUCCUUGUCGAAGGACAAAGCCACCACCGGCUCACCCUAAACGCACGAACGGACCUAACGUCCGUCGUGCGUUCGGUUUUUAACCGGUUCGAUUCGGUUACAAAACUGUCGCUUAAAUGCGACAGGAAAUCGGUCAGCAUCGGAGACGAGGCGCUUGUUAACAUAUCCCAAUAUUGCGAAAACCUUAUCCGGCUUAAACUUCGAUCGUGUCGAGAGUUGACGGAUACGGGUGUUUUGAAAUUCGCGAAGAAUUGUAGGAAAUUGAGGAAGCUUUCGGUUGGAUCGUGUUGUUUCGGGGCGAGGGGGAUGAAUGGUGUGAUGGAUAACUGUUUGUUUCUGGAGGAAUUGUCGGUUAAGCGGUUACAAACCGUCGUUGAUGGAAACCAGACAGAGGAGAUUAGACCUGGUGUGGCGGGUUCGGCUUUGAGGAUGAUUAGUUUGAAGGAUAUGUAUAAUGGGCAGCGGUUUGAGCCGCUUAUAAGCGGGUCGAAAAAGCUUAAAACACUAAGAAUUGUUAGAUGUUAUGGUGAUUGGGAUAAAGUUCUACAAGUGGUUACCAGAAAUGUUAAAGAAUUGGUUGAGUUGCAUCUUGAGAGGCUGCAGGUGAGCGAUUUAGGGCUCGCUGCGGUUUCCAGUUGUCGGGGUUUGGAGAUCCUUCACUUGUUGAAAACGCCUGACUGUUCGAAUUUGGGGUUGACGUCUGUCGUUGAGAAAUGUACGCUUUUGAGGAAGCUUCAUAUAGACGGAUGGAAAACGAGACGGAUUAACGAUGAAGGGUUGAUCAGCGUGGCGAGAAACUGCCCUAAUCUUCAAGAACUUGUGCUUAUCAAUGUCGACAUUACUCGCUCUGGGUUAGAUUUGUUAUCCACCAACUGUCGGAAGUUGGAACGAUUGGCGUUAUGCGGGAGUGAGACGAUUGGAGAUGCGGAGAUUUCUUGCAUAGCGGCUAAAUGCCGAGCGUUGAGGAAGCUAUGCAUCAAGAGCUGCCCUGUGUCGGAUUAUGGUAUGGAAGCUUUGGCGGUCGGGUGCCCGAACUUGGUGAAGGUGAAGGUCAAGAAAUGCAAGGGUGUGACGUCGGAUGGCGUGGGUUGGUUGAUGGCUAGCAGAGGAUCGUUAACCGUUAAUCUCGAUGCACCCAUAGUUGAAAAUCAGAUUGCAAAUGCGGGUAAUGAUUCUCGGGUUCUAGCAGUAGUAGCGAUCGGUCAAGAUCAGAUAAGGUGAUCAAAACUAUAUGUAAUAUUACUUGUGGAAUUGUAUUUGAUUUGUCUUGCUAUCUAUCUAUACUUUUCGAGUGUAUUGUUGGUAAUUUUAUGGUCGGGUUUAAGUCAUAAAGACUACAUAUAUCAUGUCAAAGAUUGUUGAAUAAUUCACUUAGCUGCAAAAGAAAAUAAUAACAAUAAUAAAAAAAAAAAAAAAAA